AUGUCAAUUAUGGUGGGAAAAAAACGUGUCAGGUUUGAUGAAUUUGGAAAGUUUACAGGGAAGAAUAACGCAGUCUUUGUUAGUUAUUUGGAUGAUCUUGUCCGCGAGAAGGUGGGAUUAAGUGCUCUUUGCUGGAAAAAAGUUAAACCGGAAAUGAAGGACAAACUAUGGGAAGAGAUAACAAAUGUGUUACAAAGGACUAUCAAAGCGAGAAAGAUGUCAAAAUAUGAUCAUCGGAUGAGACGAGGGGGGUAUACAACUCUUAGGAGGAAGUUGAUUGAAGAGAAUGUGAUUUCGAAGGAGGAAAUUCCCACAAGCAAAGGGUCAUCUAAGGAAGAAAUUAAAGAUCUUAAAGUUGCACUGCAUAAUGGGAAACUUGAGCUUGAGAAAAAAGAUGUUGAACUCAAGGCUUUGUCUACAAAGGUUAAUGAAGAAGAUCAAACACUAAAGCUAGUUUUGGCUCAUCUUAAUGCAAAAGGAGCUGACUUUCCAAAUCUGUCUCAUACAAUUUUAAGUAUUUCAAGUGAGAAGAUUGUACAGAGUAAUGAAACGUCUCCUGUUAGUCUCAAAACCAAUGAACCUUCAGAACCUGUAACACCAGUUAUUCCAAAACCCAACAAAAAACGUGUUCAAACGAAAUCUGCAACUACAACACCCGAUGCAAAAUUGAUUUCCAUGAAAUCUGCAACAAUAGCAAAUACAAAAACCACCAACAAAACUGUUGAGUCUAAGACUAACACUAUCAAUCAUGACAUGCCAAAAGUUUCACCAUAUAAUCUCAUUCACCAGCCAAUCAAGUGUAGUCUAUCAUAUCCGUAUAAAAGGAACAUCGUUGCUCGCGGUACCAUUCACUUAUCAUCAUAA